GCCGCAGGCAGCCAGCGCCGCGCCGAGCCGUGCCGAGCCGUGCCGGGCCAUACCGCGCCGUGCCGGGCCAUACCGCGCCGUGCCGGGCCGUGCCGAGCCGUGCCGGGCCGUGGUGAGCCGUGCCAGACCAUACCGCGCCGCGUGCUGUGCCGUGCCGAGCCGAGCCGAGCCGAGCCGAGCCGAGCCGUGCCAUGGUGGCCGGGAUGCUGAUGCCGCUGGAGCGGCUCCGUGCCAUCCUGGAGCUGCUGUUCCGCGAGGGCGUGCUGGUGGCCGAGAAGGACCCACGGCCGCGACGCUCCCACCCGCAGCUGCCCGGCGUGCCCAACGUGGAGGUGCUGCGCGCCAUGGCCUCCCUGCGCUCCCGCGGGAUGGUGCGGGAGACCUUCGCCUGGCGCCAUUUCUACUGGUACCUGACGGACGAGGGCAUCGCCUACCUGCGCCGGUACCUGCGCCUCCCGCCCGAGAUCGUCCCGCUCUCCCUGCAGCGCACCCGCCACCCCGCCGCCCCUGCCCGCCGCCCUGCCGACACCCGCUCCGGCACCGGCGUUGGCACCGGCGUUGGCACCGGCACUGGCAGGGCGCGUCCCGCCGGCGGUGACCGGCUCUACCGCAGGAAGGAGGAGGCCGAGCGGCACGUGGAGCCCGUCGUCGUUGCCGCCGCCGCUGUGGGGGGAGUGUCCCAGCCGCCCCCCCAGCCCAGCCCAACCCCAGAUGAGCGAGACCGGGUGCAGAAGAAAACCUUCACCAAAUGGGUCAACAAACACCUCAUCAAGGCACAGCGUCACGUCAACGACCUCUACGAGGACCUGCGGGAUGGACACAACCUCAUCUCGCUGCUGGAGGUGCUCUCGGGGGACACGCUGCCCCGGGAGAAGGGCAGGAUGCGCUUCCACAAGCUGCAGAACGUGCAGAUCGCCCUCAACUACCUGAAACAUCGCCAGGUGAAGCUGGUCAACAUCCGCAACGAUGACAUUGCCGACGGCAACCCCAAGCUGACGCUGGGGCUCAUCUGGACCAUCAUCCUCCACUUCCAGAUCUCCGACAUCCAGGUGACGGGGCAGUCGGAGGACAUGACGGCCAAGGAGAAGCUGCUGCUCUGGUCGCAGCGGAUGGUGGAGGACUACCAGGGCCUGCGCUGCGACAACUUCACCACCAGCUGGCGGGACGGGCGCCUCUUCAACGCCAUCAUCCACCGGCACAAGCCGAUGCUGAUCGACAUGAACCGGGUGUACCGCCAGAGCAACCUGGAGAACCUGGACCAGGCCUUCACCGUGGCCGAGCGCGACCUGGGGGUGACGCGGCUGCUGGACCCCGAAGACGUGGACGUGCCGCAGCCGGACGAGAAGUCCAUCAUCACCUACGUCUCCUCGCUCUACGACGCCAUGCCCCGCGUGCCUGAGGUGCAGGACGGCGUCAAGGCCAACGAGCUGCAGCUGCGCUGGCAGGAGUACUACGAGGUGGUGACGCUGCUGCUGCAGUGGAUCCGGCAGCACACCGUCCUCUUCGAGGAGCGCCGCUUCCCCGCCAGCUACGAGGAGAUCGAGAUCCUCUGGCGCCAGUUCCUGAAGUUCAAGGAGACGGAGCUCCCGGCCAAGGAGGCCGACAAGAACCGCUCCAAGGCCAUCUUCCAGUCCCUGGAGGGCGCCGUGCAGUCCGGGCAGCUGAAGGUGCCCCCCGGGUACCACCCGCUGGACGUGGAGAAGGAAUGGGGCAAGCUGCACGUGGCCGUCCUGGAGCGGGAGAAGCUGCUGCGGGCCGAGUUCGAGAGGCUGGAGCGGCUGCAGCGCAUCGUCAGCAAGCUGCAGAUGGAGUCGGGGCUCUGCGAGGAGCAGCUCAACCAGGCUGACACCCUGCUACAGUCGGACAUCCGACUGCUGAACGCGGGCAAGCCGCCGCAGAAGGCGGCCGAGAUCGAGCGAGACCUGGACAAGGCGGACGCCAUGAUCCGGCUGCUCUUCAACGACGUGCAGACCCUCAAGGACGGCCGGCACCCGCAGGGGGAGCAGAUGUACCGCAGGGUGUACCGCCUGCACGAGCGCCUGGUGGCCAUCCGCACCGAGUACAACCUGCGGCUCAAAUCGGGCGCGCCGGCGGCGACGGUGACGGUGCCGCUGGGGCAGCGGCCGCGGCAGGAGCUGGACGAGGCCACGCUGCGGUACCUGCAGGACCUGCUGGCCUGGGUGGAGGAGAACCAGCGGCGGCUGGGGGCGGCCGAGUGGGGCGUGGACCUGCCCACCGUGGAGUCCCACCUGGGCAGCCACCGCGGCCUCCACCACUCCAUCGAGGAGUUCCGCACCAAGAUCGAGCGGGCGCGGGCUGAUGAGGCACAGCUCCCCCCCAGCCCCCGCAACGCCUACCGGGAGUGCCUGGGCAAGCUGGACCUGCAGUACGCCAAGCUGCUGAACUCCUCCAAGUCCCGGCUGCGGCACCUGGAGAGCCUCCAUGGCUUCGUCAGCGCCGCCACCAAGGAGCUGAUGUGGCUGAACGAGAAGGAGGAGGAGGAGGUGAACUUCGACUGGAGCGACCGCAACCCCAACAUGACGGCCAAGAAGGAGAACUACUCGGGGCUGAUGCGGGAGCUGGAGCUGCGGGAGCGCAGGAUCAAAGAGCUGCAGAGCACUGGGGACCGGCUGCUGCGGGAGGAGCACCCGGGCAGGCAGACCCUGGAGGCCUUCCAGGCGGCCCUGCAGACCCAGUGGAGCUGGAUGCUCCAGCUGUGCUGCUGCAUCGAGGCGCACCUGAAGGAGAACAGCGCCUACUUCCAGUUCUUUGCCGACGUGAAGGAGGCCGAGGAGUUCCUGAGGAAGACGCAGGAGAACAUGAAGAAGAAAUACUCGUGCGACCGCAGCAUCACGGUCACGCGCCUGGAGGACCUGCUGCAGGACUGCGUGGAGCAGAAGGACCAGCUGACGGAGUACGGGGGGCAGCUGGCGGGGCUGGCCCGCCGUGCCAAGGCCAUCGUGCAGCUGAAGCCCCGCAGCCCCGGCACCCCCCUCCAGGGCCGCCCGCCCAUCCAGGCCGUCUGCGACUACAAGCAAAUGGAGAUCACGGUGCACAAGAACGACGAGUGCGCCCUGCUCAGCAACGCUCAACCAUACAAGUGGAAGGUGCUGAGCGCCGCCGGCAGCGAGGCCAUUGUCCCCUCCGUCUGCUUCCUCGUGCCGCCCCCCAACAAGGAGGCGCUGGACGUGGUGCACAGGCUGGAGGCCGCCCACCAGCACCUCCUGGUGCUCUGGCAUCAGCUGCACCUGGACAUGAGGAGCCUCCUGUCCUGGCAGUACCUGAUCCGCGACAUCCAGCAGAUCCAGUCCUGGUCCCACCUGACGUUCCGCACGAUGCAGGUGGAGGAGUGCCGGCAGGUCCUGCGCAGCCUGGAGACCCACUACCAGGAGUUCCUGCGGGACAGCCAGGACUCGCAGCGCUUCCAGCCCGACGACCGGCUGCACGUGGAGCGGGAGUACAAUGCCUGCACCCAGAAGUACGAGCUGCUGCUGCGCAGCCAGGAGAAAGGAGAGCAGGAUGAGUCCCUGUGCAAGAACUACAUCUCCCAGCUGAAGGACAUCCGUCUGCAGCUGGAGGGCUGCGAGACCCGCACCAUCCACAAGAUCCGCCUGCCCCUCGACAAGGACCCGGUCAAGGAGUGCGCCCAGCGCAUCACCGAGCAGCAGCAAAUCCACCUGGAACUGGAGGGCAUCAAGAAGAACCUGGACAAGGUCAGCGAGAAGACAGAGAAGGUGCUGGCCCAGCCAGAGCAGGCCAGCUCGGCUCCCGUCUUGCGCUCCGAGCUGGAGAUCACCCUGCAGAAGAUGGACCAGGUGUACAGCCUCUCCAGCAUCUACCUGGAGAAGCUGAAGACCAUCAACCUGGUGAUCCGCAGCACUCAGGGGGCAGAGGAGCUGGUCAAGAAGUACGAGGACCAGCUGAAGGACGUGCAGACUGUGCCGGCUGACCUCAAGGAACUGGAGGCCAGCAAGGCCGAGCUGAAGCGGCUGCGCGCGCAAGCGGAGGGGCACCAGCCCUUCUUCAGCACACUGGAGACCGACCUGAGCAAGGCCAAGGACGUCAACGAGCGGAUGGUCAGGGGCCACAGCGAGCGUGACGUGGACCUGGAUCGCUACCGGGAGAGAGUCCAGCAGCUGCUGGAGCGCUGGCAGGCCGUCCUCACCCAGACAGACCUGCGCCAGCGCGAGCUGGACCAGCUGGGCCGCCAGCUGCGGUACUACCGCGAGAGCUGCGAUGGGCUGCUCCAGUGGAUCCAGGACGCAAAGCAGCGGCAGGAGAAGAUCCAGGCGGUGCCCAUCACCGACAGCAAGACCGUGCGGGAGCAGCUGCUGCAGGAGAAGAAACUCCUGGAGGAGUGUGACCGCAACAAGGAGAAGGUGGAGGAGUGCCAGCGCUACGCCAAGCAGUACAUCGACGCCAUCAAGGAUUAUGAGCUGCAGCUGGUGACCUUCAAGGCGCAGGUGGAGCCAAUGGCCUCUCCGGCCAAGAAGCCCAAAGUGCAGUCUGCAUCCGAUAGCAUCAUCCAGGAGUAUGUGGACUUGCGGACGCGGUACAGUGAGCUGACCACGCUCACGAGCCAGUACAUCAAGUUCAUCACGGAGACGCUGCGGCGGCUGGAGGAGGAGGAGAAAGCCGCCGAGAAGCUGAAGGAGGAGGAGAGGAAGCGGCUGGCGGAGGUGGAGGCCCAGCUGGAGAAGCAGCGGCAGCUGGCCGAGGCCCACGCCAAAGCCAAGGCGCAGGCAGAGGCAGAGGCGCGGGAGCUGCAGCUCCGCAUGCAGGAGGAGGUCACCCGGCGGGAGGUGGUGGCCGUGGACGCCGAGCAGCAGAAGCAGAACAUCCAGCAGGAGCUGAUGCAGCUGCGGCAGAACUCCGACCACCAGAUCAAGUCCAAGGUCAAGUUGAUUGAGGAGGCCGAGUACAACCGCAAGAAGGUGGAGGAGGAGAUCCGCCUCAUCCGCCUCCAGCUGGAGAGCACCGAGAAGCAGCGAGCGGGCGCUGAGACGGAGCUGCAGGAGCUGCGGGCCCGCGCCGAGGAUGCCGAGCGGCAGAAGAGGCAGGCACAGGAGGAGGCUGAGCGCCUGCGCCGGCAGGUGAAGGAGGAGAGCCAGAAGAAGCGGGAGGCAGAGGAGGAGUUGAAGCGCAAAGUGCAGGCCGAGCGGGAUGCGGCGCGGGAGAAGCAGAAGGCGCUGGCGGACCUGGAGAAGCUGCGGCUGCAGGCGGAGGAGGCUGAGCGGCGGAUGCGGCAGGCGGAGGCUGAGAAGGAGCGGCAGAUCCAGGUGGCCCAGGAGGUGGCCCAGCGGAGCGCCGAGGCUGAGCUGCAGAGCAAGCGGUUGUCCUUUGCUGAGAAGACGGCGCAGCUGGAGCUGUCGCUGCAGCAGGAGCACAUCACCGUGGCCCACCUGCAGGAGGAGGCCGAGCGGCUGAAGAAGCAGCAGCUGGAGGCCGAGCAGUCGCGGGAGGAGGCCGAGAAGGAGCUGGAGCACUGGCGGCAGAAGGCCAACGAGGCGCUGCGGCUGCGGCUGCAGGCGGAGGAGGUGGCCCACAAGAAGGCGCUGGCACAGGAGGAGGCAGAGAAGCAGAAGGAGGAUGCGGAGCGGGAGGCCCGCAAGCGUGCCAAGGCGGAGGAGUCGGCCCUGCGGCAGAAGGAGCUGGCGGAGGAGGAGCUGGAGAAGCAGCGGGAGCUGGCAGAGGGCACGGCCCAGCAGAAGCUGGCGGCAGAGCACGAGGUGAUCCGGCUAAAGGCGGAGAUGGAGAACAGGGAGCAGCAGCGCCUGCUCCUGGAGGAAGAGCUCUUCCGGCUGAAGAAGGAGGUGAGCGAGGCCAUCCACAAGAGGAAGGAGGUGGAGGAGGAGCUGGCCAAGCUGCGGGCCGAGAUGGAGAUCCUGCUGGAGAGCAAGGCCAAGACGGAGGAGGAGUCGCGCUCCACCAGUGAGAAGUCCAAGCAGCGGCUGGAGGCCGAGGCCAGCAAGCUGCGGGAGCUGGCCGAGGAGGCUGCCCGGCUGCGGGCCCUCUCCGAGGAGGCCAAGCGGCAGCGGCAGCUGGCAGAGGACGAGGCUGGCCGGCAGCGGGCCGAGGCCGAGCGCAUCUUGAAGGAGAAGCUGGCGGCCAUUAAUGAGGCCUCACGGCUGAAGGCGGAGGCAGAGAUCGCCCUGAAGGAGAAGGAGGCAGAGAACGAGCGGCUGCGACGGCUGGCAGAGGAUGAGGCCUACCAGCGCAAGCUGCUGGAGGAACAGGCUGCCCAGCACAAGCAGGACAUCGAGGAGAAGAUCGCCUUGCUGAAGCGCUCCUCGGAGAGCGAGCUGGAACGACAGAAGGGCCUGGUGGAGGACACGCUGCGGCAGCGGCGCCAGGUGGAGGAGGAGAUCCGUGCCCUGAAGGCCAGCUUCGAGAAGGCCUCGGCGGGCAAGACCGAACUGGAGCGGGAGCUGAGCCGCAUCCGCGGGGAGGCAGAGGAGGUGCAGCGCAGCCGGGAGCAGGCCGAGCGGGAGGCCGAGCGGCAGCGGGCGCUGGCGCUGGAGGAGGAGGGCCGCCGGCGGGAGGCUGAGGAGAAGGUGCAGGCCAUCCUGGUGGCUGAGGAGGAGGCCGCACGGCAGCGGCGGCUGGCCCUGGAGGAGGUGGAGCGGCUGAAGGCCAUGGUGGAGGAGGCCAGGAGGCAGAAGGAGCUGGCGGAGAAGGAGUCGGAGCGGCAGAUCCAGCUGGCGCGGGAGGCGGCGCAGAAGCGGAUCGCGGCAGAGGAGAAGGCCCACCUGGCCGCCGUGCAGCAAAAGGAGCAGGAGCUGCUGCAGACAAGGCAGCAGGAGCAGAGCCUCCUGGACCGGCUGCGGGAGGAGGCCGAGCGGGCCCGGCGGGCAGCAGAGGAGGCCGAGUUCGCCCGCAGCAAGGCCGAGCAGGACGCCAGCCUCUCCCAGCAGCGGGUGGAGGAGGCCGAGCGGCUGAAACAGCGUGCGGAGGAGGAGGCGCAGGCCAAGGCGCAGGCGCAGGCGGACGCGGAGAAGCUGCGGAAAGAGGCCGAGCUGGAGGCGGCCAAGCGGGCGCAGGCAGAGCAGGCGGCCCUGCGGCAGAAGCAGCUGGCGGAUGCCGAGAUGGAGAAGCACAAGAAGUUUGCUGAGCAGACGCUGCGGCAGAAGGCGCAGGUGGAGCAGGAGCUGACCAAAGUGAAGCUGCAGCUGGAUGAGACAGACCACCAGAAGGGCAUUCUGGACGAGGAGCUGCAGCGGCUGAAGGAGGAGGUUAGCGACGCCGUCCGGCAGAAGGCCCAGGUGGAGGAGGAGCUCUUCAAGGUCCGGGUGCAGAUGGAGGAGCUGGCAAAGCUGAAGAGCCGGAUUGAGGAGGAGAACAAGGCGCUGAUCCUCAAGGACAAGGACAACACGCAGAAGUUCCUGGCGGAGGAAGCCGAGAAGAUGAAGCAGGUGGCGGAGGAGGUUGCCCGGCUCAGCGUGGAAGCCCAGGAGGCCGCCCGCAUGCGGAAGCUGGCUGAGGACGACCUGGCGCAACAGCGGGCGCUGGCGGAGAAGAUGCUUAAGGAGAAGAUGCAGGCGGUGCAGGAGGCCACCCGGCUGAAGGCCGAGGCGGAGAUGCUGCAGAAGCAGAAGGACCUGGCACAGGAGCACGCCAAGCGGCUGCAGGAGGACAAGGAGCAGAUGCAGCAGCGCCUGGCCGAGGAGACUGAGGGUUUCCAGAAAACCCUGGAGGCUGAGCGCCGGCGGCAGCUGGAGAUCACGGCUGAGGCAGAGCGCCUCAAGCUGCAUGUGGCAGAGAUGAGCAUGGCCCAGGCCAAGGCCGAGGAGGAAGCCAAGCGGUUCAAGAAGCAGGCAGAGGAGAUCAGUGAGAGGCUACACGAGACUGAGCUGGCCACGCAGGAAAAGAUGACGCUGGUGCACACUCUGGAGAUCCAGCGGCACCAGAGCGACCAGGACGCGGAGAAGCUGCGGAGAGCCAUCGCUGACCUGGAGCAGGAGAAAGAGAAGCUGAAGCAGGAGGCGGUGUUGCUGCAGCAGAAGGCGGAGGAGAUGCAGGUGGCCCAGCAGGCGCAGCUCCGCCAGGAGACGCAGCUCCUCCAGCAGACCUUCCUGACGGAGAAGGAUGCCCUGCUGCAGAAGGAGAAGUUCAUCGAGGAGGAGAAAACGAAACUAGAGAAGCUCUUCAAAGAUGAGGUGGACAAAGCCCAGAACCUGAAGGCAGAGCAGGAGCGGCAGCAGAAGGAGAUGGAGCAGGAGAAGCAGCAGUUGAAAGCCAUGCUGGAUGAAGCCAAGAAGCAUCAGAAAGAAGCAGAGGAAAACGUCCGACACAAGCAGGAGGAGCUGCAGCAGCUGGAGAGACAGCGACAGCAGCAGGAGAAACUCCUGGAAGAGGAGAACAAGAAGCUCAGGGAGAGGCUCGAGCAGAUGCAGGAAGAGUACAAGGUUGCCCUGGCCCAGACACGAGAGAUCAUGAUCCAGACGGAUGACCUGUCUGAGGAGGCCGCGGUUAUGACAACGCAGCUGCUGGAUGUCAAAGCUGUGCCCAAUGGCAGAGAUGCGGUGGAUGGCUUAGCGCAGAACGGGGAGCCGGAGUUUGCGUUUGACGGCAUCCGUCAGAAGGUGUCUGCAGAGAAGCUGGCUGAUGCUGGCAUUUUGAGCAAGGAGAGCUUAGACAAGUUGGUGAAGGGUGUUGUGAGUGUUGGUGAGCUCUCGCAAAGGGAAGAUAUCAAGAAGUACCUGCAGGGCAAGAGCAGCAUUGCCGGUUUGUUAAUCAAGCCCACUAAUCAAAAGAUGAGCAUCUAUGAAGCCAUGAAGAAGCAGCUGCUCAGCCCAGGCACCGCGCUGGUCCUCCUGGAAGCGCAGGCUGCCUCUGGCUUUAUAAUUGACCCUGUGCGAAACGUGAGGCUCUCGGUGAACGAGGCAGUGAGAGAGGGCGUGAUUGGGCCAGAACUGCACAACAAGAUGCUGUCUGCUGAACGGGCGGUAACCGGCUACAAGGAUCCGUACACAGGCGACAAGAUCUCCCUCUUCCAGGCCAUGACAAAGGAUCUCAUUGUCAAGGAGCAUGGCAUCCGCCUGCUCGAGGCCCAGAUCGCCACUGGCGGCAUCAUCGACCCCGUGCACAGCCACCGUCUGCCUGUAGAAGCUGCCUACAAGCGGGGCUACUUCGAUGAGGAGAUGAACCAGGUCCUCUCUGACCCCACCGAUGACACCAAGGGCUUCUUUGACCCCAACACACAGGAGAACCUCACCUACCUGCAGCUCAUGGAGCGGUGUGUGACUGACCCAGACACGGGGCUAUGCCUCCUGCCACUCACUGACCAAGCAGCCAAGGCAAGAGAGCUGGUCUACACCGACAAAGAAGCUAAGGAUGUCUUUAAGAAGGCCACGGUGACGGCACCGUUUGGCAAGUUCCAAGGGAAGACGGUGACCAUCUGGGAGAUCAUCAACUCCGAAUACUUCACUGAGGACCAAAGGCGGGACCUGAUCCAGCAGUACAGGACUGGCAAGAUCACAGUGGAGAAGAUCAUUAAGAUCAUCAUCACGGUUGUGGAGGAAAGUGAGAAAAAGAGCCAGAUGUGCUUUGAGGGCCUCCGGGCCCCUGUGCCUGCCGCUGAGCUGCUGGAAAGCAAAAUCAUCAACAAGGACCUCUACAACCAGCUGCACCAGGGCAAGAAGUCUGUGAAGGAUGUGGCGGAGAUGGAGUCUGUGCGGCAGUACCUGAAGGGCACAGAUGCCAUUGCUGGUGUCCUAGUGGAGUCAACUGGCCAGAAGCUCACCUUCUAUGAGGCCCUGAAGAGAAACCUGCUGAAGCCAGCGAUUGCCCUGUCCCUGCUGGAAGCACAGGCUGCCACCGGCUACAUCAUCGACCCUGUGAGGAACAAGCUGUUCUCCGUUGAUGAGGCGGUGAAGGCCGAGGUGGUGGGGCCGGAGUUUCACGAGAAGCUGCUGUCCGCAGAGAAGGCGGUGACUGGCUACAAGGAUCCCUAUACGGGCCAGACAGUUUCCCUCUUCCAAGCGCUCAAGAAGGGCCUCAUCCCCAGCGACACUGGGGUCCGUCUGCUGGACGUCCAGCUCGCCACUGGAGGCAUCAUCGAUCCUGUGAACAGCCACCGGCUCCCACUCGAGGUCGCCUACAAACGGGGCUACUUUGACCCAGAGAUAAACGAGGCUCUGUCCGAGUUCCGAGAUGACGCCAAGGCUUUCUAUUGUCCCAACACCCAAGAGCACCUCACCUAUGCCCAGCUGCAGAAGAACUGCCACCAUGACAAGCAGACUGGCUUCUGCCUGCUGCCCCUGUCAGACAAAGCCAUCCAGUCGCAGCAGGAGGAGGUCUACACAGACAGCCAGGCGAAGGAGUGCUUUGACAAGGCAACCGUAGAGGUCCCAGUGGGCAGCAUGAAGGGCCAGACAAUGACCAUCUGGGAGCUGAUCCACUCCGAGUACUUCACCGAGGAGCACAGGCGGGAGCUCCUCCGACAGUACAAGACCGGCAAGGUGACCAUCGAGAAGAUCAUCAAGAUUGUGAUCACCAUCAUCGAGGAGGCGGAGACCAAAAAGCAGGAGAAGCUGACGUUCAGCGGUCUCCGGGCACCCGUACCUGCCAGUGAGCUGGUGGAAUCCCGCAUCAUCAGCAAAGCCCAGUACGAGCAGCUGAAGGAAGGCAAGAAAUCGGUGAAGGACCUCUCUGAAACAGAUGCGGUGAGGAGAUUCCUGCAUGGCAGUGACUGCAUUGCUGGUGUCUAUGUGGAGGCGACCAAGGAGAAGCUGAACAUCUACGAGGCCAUGAAGAGGAAACUGCUGAGGCCCAGCACUGCUGUGGUCCUCCUGGAGGCCCAGGCAGCGACCGGGUUCUUGAUUGACCCCGUGAAGAACCGGAAACUGUAUGUCAACGAGGCCGUGAAGGCUGGUGUCGUUGGGCCUGAAUUGCAUGAGAAGCUGCUGUCCGCCGAGAAGGCUGUCACUGGGUACAAGGACCCCUACUCGGGCAACACCAUCUCCCUCUUCCAGGCCAUGAAGAAAGGACUCAUCGUCAAGGAACAUGGCAUCCGCCUGCUCGAGGCCCAGAUCGCCACUGGUGGCAUCAUCGACCCCGUGCACAGCCACCGCCUCCCCGUGGAGGUGGCCUACAAGCGCGGCUACUUCGAUGAGGAAAUGAACCGAACCCUCUCCGACCCCACCGAUGACACCAAGGGCUUCUUUGACCCCAACACCCACGAGAACCUCACCUACCUGCAGCUGAAGGAGAAGUGCAUUGAGGAUCCUGAGACGGGCCUGUAUCUGCUGCCCUUGCGGGAGCCUGAGAAGCCUACAGUGGUGGAGACCACCAAGGUGUACACAGAGGCAGAGACACGGAAGGUGUUUGAGGAGACACAGGUGGACAUCCCCGUGGGCAGCAGGGCAGGCUCCUCCAUGUCACUGUGGGAAAUCAUGCACUCAGACCUGCUGCCUGAGGAGCAGCGGAAGCAGCUCAUGGAGGAGUUCCAGUCAGGCCGUGUGUCCAAGGAGCGCAUGAUCAUCAUCAUCAUUGAGAUCAUCGAGAAGACUGAGAUCAUCCGGCAGCAGAAUCUCACGUCCUAUGACUAUGUCCGGCGCCGCAUCACGGCCGAGGACCUCUACGAGGCCAAGAUCAUCUCUCUAGACAUCUACAACCUGCUGAAGCAGGGCUCCAAAACUUUCCGGGAGCUUCUGGACGUGGAGACUGUGUGGAAGUACCUCUAUGGGUCGGGCUGUGUGGCUGGCAUCUACAUCCCCUCUUCCAAACAGAAGCUCAGUAUCUACCAGGCGCUGAAGAAGGGACUGAUCAACUCCGAAGUGGCCCGCUCCCUCCUGGAGGCCCAGGCUGCCACCGGUUUCAUGAUCGACCCCACAAAGAACGAGAUGCUGACCGUUGAUGAAGCGGUCAGGAAGGGCGUAGUGGGGCCUGAAAUCCAUGACCGGCUCCUGUCUGCAGAGAGGGCCGUGACCGGUUACAGAGACCCAUACAGCGAACAGAAGAUUUCCAUCUUCCAGGCCAUGAAGAAAGACCUCAUUCCCAGCGAAGAGGCCCUCAAACUCCUGGAUGCCCAGAUAGCCACCGGUGGCAUCAUCGACCCGCACCUGGGCUUCCAUCUUCCCCUGGAGGUGGCCUACCAGCGGGGCUUCAUCAACAAGGACACAUACGACAUGCUGUCCGAGCCCAGCGAGGUGCGAAGCUAUGUGGACCCAUCCACGGAGGAGAAGCUCAGCUACACACAGCUCCUGAAGCGCUGCCGGAAGGAUGAGAACAGUGGGCUCCUCCUGCUCCCGCUCUGCGACACGAGGAAGCUCACCUUCCGGGGGCUGCGGAAGCAGAUCACCGUGGAGGAGCUGGUCCGUUCGCAGGUGAUGGAUGAGGCCACUGCCCAGCGCCUCCAGGAAGGCCUCACCUCCGUUGAGGAGGUCUCUAAGAACCUGAAGAAGUUCCUGGAGGGCACCAGCUGCAUUGCUGGUGUCUUUGUGGACUCCACGAAGGAGCGGCUGUCCGUGUACCAGGCCAUGAAGAAGGGUAUCAUCAGGCCAGGCACCGCGUUUGAGCUCCUGGAAGCACAGGCAGCCACGGGGUAUGUGAUUGACCCCAUCAAGGGCCUCAAGCUGACAGUGGAGGAAGCUGUGCGGAUGGGCAUCGUGGGCCCCGAGUUCAAGGACAAGCUGCUCUCUGCUGAGAGGGCGGUCACAGGCUACCGGGAUCCCUACUCCGGCAAGCUCAUCUCCCUCUUCCAGGCCAUGAAGAAGGGUCUGAUCCUGAAGGACCAUGGCAUCCGCUUGCUGGAGGCCCAGAUUGCAACGGGAGGCAUAAUUGAUCCCGAGGAGAGCCACCGCCUCCCUGUGGAGAUUGCCUACAAGAGGGGCCUCUUCGAUGAGGAGAUGAAUGAGAUCUUGCUGGAUCCCAGCGAUGACACCAAGGGCUUCUUCGACCCCAACACAGAGGAGAACCUCACCUACCUGCAGCUCAUGGAGCGGUGCAUCACUGACCCAGAGACUGGCCUCUGCCUCCUGCCCCUGAAGGAGAAGAAGCGGGAGAGGAAGACCUCCUCCAAGUCCUCCGUCCGCAAGCGCAGGGUGGUGAUCGUCGACCCGGAGACAGGCAAGGAGAUGUCUGUGUACGAAGCCUAUCGCAAGGGCCUCAUCGACCACCAGACCUACCUGGAGCUGUCGGAGCAGGAGUGCGAGUGGGAGGAGAUCACCACCUCCUCCUCUGAUGGCGUGGUGAAGUCAAUGAUCAUCGACAGGCGCUCAGGCCGCCAGUACGAUAUCGAUGAUGCCAUCAGCAAGGGCCUGAUUGACCAGUCGGCCCUGGACCAGUACCGCUCAGGCACCCUCUCCAUCACCGAGUUUGCAGACAUGCUUUCCGGCAACAUGAGCGGCUUCCGGUCGCGCUCGUCCUCCGUGGGAUCAUCCUCCUCCUACACGGUCAGUCCGGCCCCCACCCGCACGCAGAUAUCCAUGUGGAGUGACCCAACCGAGGAGACCGGGCCGGUGGCGGGCAUCCUAGAUACGGACACUUUGGAGAAGGUGUCCAUCACGGAGGCCAUGCACCGCAACCUCGUGGAUAACAUCACGGGGCAGAGGCUGCUGGAAGCCCAGGCCUGCACCGGCGGCAUCAUUGACCCCAACACCGGGGAUAAGUGCUCCGUCGCCGACGCCGUGAACAAGGGCCUGGUCGACAAAAUCAUGGUGGACCGCAUCAACCUGGCGCAGAAGGCCUUCUAUGGCUUUGAGGACCCACGGACCAAGACGAAGAUGUCGGCGGCCCAGGCCCUGAAGAAGGGCUGGCUGUACUACGAGGCUGGGCAGCGCUUCCUGGAGGUGCAGUACCUGACGGGGGGCCUGAUCGAGCCCGACGUUGAGGGCCGCGUCUCCUUGGACGAGGCACUGCAGAAGGGCACCAUCGACACGCGCACCGCCCAGAAGCUGCGUGACGUCAACACCUACUCCAAGUACCUCACCUGCCCCAAAACCAAGCUCAAGAUCUCCUACAAGGACGCUAUGGACCGGAGCAUGAUCGAGGAUGGGACUGGCCUGCGGCUGCUGGAGGCCUCCUCCCAGUCCAGCAAGGGCUACUACAGCCCCUACAAUGUCAGCAGCGCUGGAUCCACCUCUGGCUCGCGGUCGGGCUCUCGGACCGGCUCCCGGUCGGGCUCCAGGCGAGGGAGCUUCGAUGCCACCGGCUCUGGCUUCUCCAUGACCUUCUCUUCCUCCUCCUACUCUUCCUCGAGCUUUGGGCGCAGAUACGCCACGGGUCCCUGCAGCGCCGAGGAGGCGGCUGCCCUCGCCUUGUCCCUCCCGAGCCGGAGCUGCGGGCAGGAGGCGAGUGGGGAGCGGCCGGGGCUGCCCGGGACCCCGCUCCGUGUGACGUCUUUUUCCAGUCCCACCAAAGAAGUCCCCUUGCCACUGGGCGAGUUCCUUAGCUGGGUUUCUGACGUCAGCAAGUCGUGGAUGGGCUCGAGGGGAGCCCGGGACGCAGCAGCUCCUCGCCCGUGCUCGCCGGCGCAGAAGCGCUGUGCUGCCGAUGACACCGGUCUCUCCGGAAUGAGCGUGGAGGGGUCAUUGCCAGAUGGGGAGGAGAUGGAGAGAGCAUGGCAGCGAGAUGAGUGGACGGAGCGGAGGCUGGAAGUGCACGAGCAGCUGCUGGCCCUGCGGCACUGGCUGGACGCCGUGGAGAAGAGGCUGCCUGCCCUGACGGAGCCCGGCCCUGCCCCGCAGGUAACAGGCUCGCCCCGGGGCACGCGGCAGCCGGCAGAACCGCUCAGAGCCAGGCAGGACCCAGCCCACGACUCCACUGAGGGUGGCCAGGAUCUGAGGCAGGGGCCCGGCGCCCGUGCCCGUGCCAUGGGGAACUCGGUGAGCCGUCCCAGCUGCCUGGGCGAGAAGAGCCGGCGGUCAGAGGAGCUCCUCCGGGAGCCGCAGCUCCAGGACCUGGGGCUGGACGCAGGGCAGCUGCCCGGCAGGAGCAUUGCGGAGGCCUGGCUGGGGCUGCCGGAGAAGCCGCCGGUGCUGGUGGAGAAUGGCUGGAGCCCAGUGCCCGGUGCCAUCCGGAGCCAUCCGGGCAGCCCCGUGCUGAAGCGCAGCCAGUCAGAGGUGGCGGUGCAGAACGGGAGCACGGCCUGCGUCCCACUCAAGGGGCAGGGGGGGGGCGCAGCCUGGACGCCCCCUCGGGCCAGCGCCCCCCGGAGCGCCUGGUCCUGGAAACCCGUCACCACCCGGGAGGUGACGGAAGUGACGGAGGUGACGGAGACCAUCGUGACGGAGAUCGUGGAGGUGACCGAGUACCCGGCUGGUGAGAAGGGCGCGGAGCACCUGGUCACCCGGACGGUCACAGUGCUGACGGAGCGCGCGGGGGAGCUCGCGGCUGGCGGCCGCCCCGGACGCAUGGAUGCCACAGAGGUGUCCCUGCGGGCUGUCCCCGUCCCGGAGGAGGCAGCGGGUGUGGAGCGAGCCCAGGACACACUGGAGAGCCUGCUGGCCUGGGUGGCGGACAUGGAGGAGCUGGUGAGCAACCAGAAGCCGCCCUCGGCAGAGGUGAAGGUGGCGAAGGCCCAGCUGGAGGAGCAGAAGCUCCUGAAGCGGCUGCUGGAGGAGCGGAGGCCACGGGUGGAGCUCGUCCUGCAGGACAGACCCGUGCCCCUGGCACACGGCUCCGGCACAGCGGCACCCGAGGGCAGCAGCAGCGUCUCCGGCCUUGGGGAGAAGUGGGGCAAGCUGAUGCAGGAGGCUGAAGCCAGGUAUGGCCGCCUGGAGCGGAUUCUGCCGGCGGCACAGGGCUUCCAGGAAGCUGUGGACUCCUUCCAGGAGUGGCUCGGCGCCACGGAGCGGCAGCUGGCCCAGCUCUGGCGCGCCAACGGCUGCGUCAGCCACGUGCAGGACGCCCACCAGCAAACCCAGGCACUCUGUGAGGAGAUUCGCGGCCGGCUGGGAGAUCUGGAUGGUGCCCUGGAGAGCGGGCAGCGGGUCCUGGAGAUGGUGACAGGGGAGGAGGCCCAGCUGGCGCAGGAGAAGAUGGAGUCCCUGAGGAUGCGGUAUCUCAUUGUGGGCCAGAGCAGCACCGACACCAUGCACCGGCUGGGGCAGACCCUGGAGGCCUCGUCCCGCCUGGGCACUGCCCAGGAGGACCUGGUGCUGUGGCUAGGCCGCAUGGAGAAGGAGCUGGCCUCCUGGGACAGCCAGCACGGCGGCCAGGAGCCCCCGGUCAGCACGAGUGACAGGGAAAAGUUCGAGCAGAUCCUGGACUCCCAGCUCGCCCGCUUGGCUGGGCUCGGCGAGCGGCUGGAGGAGAUCGGCCGGGUGCAGCUGGAUGCCCAGGCCCUGCGCUCGCAGCUCUCUGACCAGAAGCUGCUCUCUGCUGAGAUCCUGCACCACCGGGGACUGGUGGAGCGUCUGCUGGGGAUCUCGGACCCGCUGCUCCGCGCCUGCCCCGAGCCCCUGCGGCAGCACCUCCAGCCCUCGGUGCAGGCGCUGCGGGAGCGCAUGGAGCAGCUCUUCCUGCGCAGCGGAGCCUGCACCGUGCAGCUGGAGCACGCCCAGUCCCUGCUUGCCCAGUUCUCCGAGGCCCACGAGGAGCUGUUGCCCUGGCUGGAGGAGACACAGGCUGUCGGGGUGCAGCUCUCCCCCAACGCCAUCAGCUACGAGGCCUUCAGGGAGCAGCAGGCGCUGCUGCAGUGCCUGCGGGAGGCCAUCGCCGAGCACCGGCCCCUGAUGGGGAAGCUGCAGCGUGUCUCAGCGCAGCUGGCGGAGCUGAGCCCGGAGCAGGGCGCCCUGUUCCAGCAGCGCUGGCGGGAGGCAGAGGAGCAGUACUGCCGCAUCCGUGAACGCGUGCGCCAGGCGGCUGCCCUCCUGGAGGACGCCCUGCCGCGUUACAGCCAGCUGACCGAGCGCAUGGACCUGCUGCUGGAGUGCCUGGAGCGGCUGCAGAGCCGCCUGCAGAGCCAGCCCUCCGUCCGUGGCGACGCAGCCCACCUUCGGGAGCAGAUCCGCGAGAACAGCCUGGCCCUGGGCGAGCUGGAGAAGCUGGGGGUGGCCCUGGAGACCGUCCAGGCGCAGGGCAGCGAGCUGCUGGCCAGCAUGCAGGCGGCAAACUCCGACGCUGCCGCCAGAGGGAUCCAGGAGCGGACGGCGCAGCUGCUGUCCCAGUGGGGCUGCCUGCGGGGCCGCUGCCAGGAGCAGGAGCGCUGGCUGCGGGAGCUGCUCGCCCUGGCUGACCGCUUCUGGCACGGCCUCUCUGAGCUGGCCCUGACGCUGAGCGACACCCAGCAGCUGGUGCUGGGGCUGGAGGAGGCCGGCGGUGAGCCCGAGGCCAUCCGCACGCAGCUCCGCACCAUGCAGGCGCUGCGGGAGGAGAUCGACUCGCUGCAGGGUGAGCUGGACACGCUGGGCAGCCUGGGCGUGGAGCUGAUGUCCUCCUGUGGGGACCCUGACAAGCCCGACGUCACCAAGAGCCUGGAUGAUCUCUACUCCUCCUGGCACAGCCUGAACAAGGUGUGGACGGAGCGGUACGCCCGCCUUGAGGAGCAGCUCCAGGCCUGCAUCAGCUAUCAGGAGACCAUGCAGCGGCUGUUCGAGUGGCUGGACACGGCCGAGCUGCGCAUCGCGGAGGAGUUCCUCGUUGGUGGGGACUUGGACAUGGUGCAGCAGCAGCUGGCGGAGCUGAAGGAGUUCAAGAGGGAGCUCUACCAGUGCAAGGUGGACGUGGAGAGCCUGCGGCACCAGGCCAGCCUGGGGGGCACCGGGCAGGGGGACCCCCCAGCCCCGCUCGGCGACUUCCGCCAGCGCUGGGACCACCUGGAGGAGGAGAUCGUCAGCCGCCAGCACCAGCUGGAGGCGGCUCUGCUGGGCCUGGGGCAGUUCCAGCACCAGCUGGAGGAGCUGCUGCAGUGGCUGUCCCGCACCGCCGAGCAGCUGCAGGGCCCGACGCUGCUGCGCCUCGACCUGCAGAGCUGCGAGAUCGAGCUGGCCAAGCACAAGGUGCUGAGGAACGACGUGAUGUCCCAUGCCCGCACGGUGCAGUCCGUCAAUGAGGCCGGGCAGGGCUUGCUGCUCUCCAGCCUGGGGGACAGCGUGGAGGGGCUCCAGCGCAGCCUGCAGCAGCUCAACCAGCGCUGGGACCUGGUGCAGAGCGAGACCGAGAGCCGUCAGCUGGAGCUGGAGAACAACCUCAGCCAGGUGCAGGACAUCACACUGGAGAUCACGGAGCUGCUGCAGUGGCUGGAGCAGGUGGAGCUGCAGCUCUUCUUCUCCAAGCCGGCAUGGGGCCACCCGGACACCACCAAAGAGAAGCUCACUGCUCACCUGGAGCUCUGCAAGGAGAUGGAGUCCAAGCAGGAGGCAUACAGCGGUGUGCGGGAGCGGCUGCAGCGGCUUCUGGCCUCCUGCCGCGCCGGCCGGCCCUGCAGCACUGAGCACAGCCUCCGCAUCCUGGAGCAGAAGUGGGAGAGCGUCCACGCUGAGGCCCAGGAGAGGAAGGAGCGCCUGGCCGAGGGGCUGACGGUCACCACCGAGUUUCAUGGCACCGUGCAGGAGCUGCUGCGCUGGGUGGCUCACGCGGAGGAGCUCCUCGGCUCCCCCGCGCCGCCCAGCUUCGUCCUGGACACCGUCUCCACGCAGAUCCAGGAGCACAAGGCCCUGGUGAAGGAGGCGAAUGCCCACGGGGAAAAGCUCAGCGGCCUGGAGGCCGUCGCAUCUCGCUUAAAGGACUUCAGCAGGAAGCAGGAUGGCGCCGUCAUCCAGAACCUGGUGCUGACGGCCAGGGAGCGGCUGGGCAAGGUGCUGCAGCGGAUGUCGGAGCGAGGGGCGGCGCUGGAGGAGGCCCGCAAGCGCACCAAGCAGUUCAGCGAGUCCCGGCGGCUGCUCCUGGACUGGAUGGAUGAGGUGGAGCAGAGCUUGGAGGUGCCGCAGGACACUGCCACGAGCCAGGAGGAGAUCAAGUGCCAGCUGGCUGAGCACAAGGCUUUCCAGAAGGUUCUGCGCUUGAAGCGGCCAGUGUAUGAGGCCACGCUGCGGAGCGGGCGGGCGCUGCGGGAGAGAGCCCGGCUCCCCGAGGACCUGCAGCCGCUGGAGGAGCUGCUGGGGGAGCUGAAGGAGCGCUGGGACACGCUGUGCAGCCGGGCUGUGGAGAGGCAGCACAAGCUGGAGGAGAACCUGCUCUUCUCGGGCAAGUUCACAGACGCGCUGCAGGCCCUCAUGGACUGGCUGUACCGGGCUGAGCCGCAGCUCAGCGAGGACGUGCCUGUCGGAGGGGACCGAGACCUGGUCAGCGACCUGAUGGACAAGCACAAGGUCUUCCAGAAGGAGCUGGGCAAGCGAGCCAGCUGCAUCAAGAUGCUGAAGCGCUCAGUGCGGGACCUGACCCGCGGCAGCAGCAGCGUCGACUCCCAGUGGCUGCAGAAGCAGAUGGAGGAGCUGAGCACCCGCUGGGACCUGGUCUGCAAGCUCUCCAUCUCCAAGCAGGCCCGGCUGGAGGCUGCGCUCCGGCAGGCAGAGGAGUUUCACACCCUGGUGCAUUCCUUCCUGGGGCGCCUCUCCGAGUCUGAGAAAACCCUCAAGUAUGGCGUCUUCCCUGAGGAGGAGCUGGCCGUGCAGGAGUGCCAGAACCAGCUGCAGGAGCUGAUGAAGUCCCUGCAGUGCCAGCAGCUGGAGCUGGAGUGCAUCACCUCGCUGGGGGAGGAGAUCCUCUCCACCUGCCACCCGGACUCCGUCAUCACCAUCAAGUCCUGGGUCACGGUGGUCAAGAGCCGCUUCCAGGAGGUGCUGAGCUGGGCGCAGCAGCAGGGCGAGCGGCUGCAGGCGCAGACGGCCAGCCUCGCGGCCGAGCGGGAGGAGAUGGCCCAGCUCAUCGACUGGAUCACGGCCGCCGAGGAAGCACUGAGCCUGCGGGACCAGGAGCCGCUGCCAGAGGAGGCUGAGCAGCUGGAGGAGCUCAAUGCCCAACACACGGUGUUCAUGGAGGAGCUGAACCGCAAGCAGCCUGACGUGGAGAAGGUCACCAAGAGCUGCAAGCGGAAGCUGGCCACGGAGCUGGGCCCGCCCGCUGCCCGCCGGCUGGCCACAAGGCGCCGCAGCACGGGGAAGGCGCAGGGCGCACCGGCGCUGCCGCUCGGGGGGCUGGAGCCCCAGACGCCCCUCAUGGCCCAGCUCCUGCACCGCUGGCAGCAGCUCUGGCUUCUGGCCCUGGAUCGGCAGUACCGGCUGGAGACGGCCCUGCAGCGACUGCGAGAGCUGGAGGAGUUCGCUCACUUUGACUUCGGGGUCUGGAGAAAGCGUUACAUGCAGUGGAUCAGCCAAAUGAAGUCCCGUGUCCUGGACGUUUUCCGAGGCAUCGACAGGGACCAGGACGGGCGCAUCAGCCAGCGGGAGUUCAUCGAGAGUGUCCUCUCCUCCAAGUUUCCCACCAACGUCCUGGAGAUGAACGCCGUGGCAAGCAUCUUUGACAUGAAUGGCGAUGGCUUCAUCGACUACUACGAGUUUGUCAGCGCGCUGCACCCCAACCGGGACCCGCUGCGCCGGACCGCCGACGCUGACCAGAUCCAGGACGAGGUGAACAGGCAAGUGGCCCAGUGCAACUGUGCCAAGCGCUUCCAGGUGGAGCAGAUCAGCGCCAACAGGUACCGGUUCGGGGAGUCCCAGCAGCUGCGGAUGGUGCGGAUCCUGCGCAGCACCCUGAUGGUGCGGGUCGGCGGGGGCUGGAUCGCGUUGGACGAGUUCCUGGUGAAGAACGACCCCUGCAGAGUGAAGGGAAGGACCAACCUGAAGAUCAACGAGAAGUACCUGUCCCCAGAUGCCUUCGGGGCCGCCGCGGCCAAGUGUGCGGGGAACCAGUCAGCCCCCUCUUCCAAAGUGCUGUCCCCCAGCCGCUCCAACUCCAGCCUCAGCCUCUACAGCAGCGCCUCGGCCCCCAGCAGCCCCCUGGCCAGGAAGUCGGUGCUGCGGAGGACACGCUCCGGAGACCGGUGCCCCCGCUCCCGCGGCUCCCUGCUGCCCGAUGGAGCUGAGCUGCAGUUCUCCGCGGCUGAGGAGAGCCUGGCCGUGGCACCCCCAGAGCCUCCCGAAGGGUCCCCCCCAGAGCGCUGCAGCCCCUGCCGCUGAGCCCCCCCAGCUGCCCGCCCUGCGCCCAGCACCCUCGGCCGGCCCCACUCAGGACUCUCCUCCCCGGCGGCCGCCCGUCCCGAGGCUGGAGGAUGGCGAAGCUGCGGCUGUGCGCCCCGUGGGUGUCCGGCCCGGCACUGUGGCCCCCCGAGCGGGAGCCCACCUGCAAGGGCUGAGCUGUCUGUCCGUCACUGAUCCCGCUGGGCCUGGCCCUGGCAUAUAUGCAAGCAUCCCCUGACACACACCAAACUGCCCCCGGGCUCUGGCUGGCACAGCCCCCUGCCCCACCGCUCCACCACGUGGGGGGCCAAGCCCCGAUGCCCAGCUCCAAGUGCUGUAGGGUCAGCUGGGGCUGUGGCAGCCCAGACGCCCCUGCGCUGGGCCCUACCCUUCUCCCCCAGGCUCCCGCGCCCGUCGGGGUGGCUGCCAAUGCCCCCGGGCAUUAGGCAUUGCUGGCAGGGGAUGCCCCCAUCCUGCUGCCCGCGCCCCGGUGGGAGAUGGGAGGUGGCCGGGCUCGGCACCUGGGCACCGGGGCCCCUUGCCGGAUGCAGAGCCCCGUUUCUGGUGCUAACCCUCACCCUUUGGGCCUUCGGUGUGUGUGCACGGGGCCCUGGCUACAGCUGCCCCCCGCCCCGGCAGGGCUGGGGCUGCCUCGGGCGGGAGGUCCCGCACCCCCGUCUCGCCUGCAGCACCCGCGGGCGGCGGGACCCCUGCCCUGCUGACGCAUGCUCACGUCACCCCGCUAACCGGACAGCAGUAGAGCUGAAUGUAACCCUGGCUGGGCACGGCCCUGCCAGCCACAAUAAACGUAGGUUUCUUUUUC